AUUAAUUUUGAAUUCACUGUUUUGAUUGUGUGACGGUUGCGUUUAAAAUUUGUGUCUUCUUAUUUUUGGUAGAAAUUAAUAUAUUACUACCAAAACAUAUCAUGUAUGAGUCAAAAGGAAACUCAAAUUCAACCGUAUCAGAAGACCCAUGUCUGGUUAUGAGUCUUAAAGGACACAAAAAGUCGAUUACAGAUGUGUGUUUCAACCCAGGCACCAAACAAUUUGCAAGUAGCAGUGAAGAUAAUUCUUUAAUGAUAUGGAAUAUGGACCAGAAUAUUCGAAGUUACAAUUUCUCAGGUCACAAUGACAUUGUCACCAGUGUAGAAUUUUCUUCAGAUGGAAAAUUACUAGCAUCCAGUUCCAAGGAUCAAAAUGUUCGGUUUUGGGUACCAACAAUUAGAGGUGAAACAUGUGUGUUCAAAGCACAUACUUCAGCUGUUAACUGCGUUAGUUUCUCUCCUGAUAACAAAAAAAUAAUAACAGGAUCCAAUGACAAAUCUGUGAAAGUAUGGGAUGUAUCAAAGAGGCAGUUUAUUUCUAGUCUUGUAGGACAUAAUAAUUGGGUGAGGUGUGCUAAAUACUCCCCUGAGGGAAACUUUGUUGUGUCUGGCGCUGAUGAUCGCACUAUUCGAGUUUGGGAUCCAAAAACUUCUCAGUGCGAACAUGUAUUUGUAAGCCAAAGUAGUAGUCCAACAUAUCUGUCAAUUCACACUAACAACAACACAGUGGCAGUUGCUAUGGACUCGGGUUCCGUUAGAGUAUAUGAUUUACGAAAUAAAAAACUUCAGCAGCAUUAUACUCUUCAUGAGGGUUCUACCACUUGUGUGUCUUGGCAUCCAACAGCAAACUUUUUCUCAAGUUGCGGGAAAGAUGGUAAGAUUCGUAUUGUACAAAUUUGUUGGAUUAAAAAUAAAUUGCGAGUACCUAGGUCGUCGAAAAAAUCUUGA